CAGAGUCAGAUGACUUGCUGAAGACGAAUCAUCAAUCCUUCCCUCUUUCUUCAAAUUGAACUUCUUCUGCAACCCUAGAUCGAUAUCCCUUUCUCUCUACCCAUCGAAUCACCAUGACGAAGCAGCAAGCUAACUGGUCUCCUUAUGACAACAAUGGCGGAACCUGCGUGGCAGUAGCUGGAUCAGAUUACUGUGUAAUUGCAGCAGAUACUCGCAUGUCCACUGGCUACAACAUUCUUACUCGCGAUUACUCCAAGAUCAUUAAACUAGCGGAUAAAUGUGUGAUGGCAUCGUCAGGAUUUCAGGCUGACGUGAGAGCUUUGCAAAAGGUUUUGGCAUCAAGACAUCUGAUCUACCAGCACCAGCACAAUAAGCAAAUGAGCUGUCCAGCUAUGGGCCAGCUUCUUUCGAACACACUAUACUACAAACGUUUCUUCCCCUACUAUUCGUUCAAUGUUCUAGGUGGCCUUGACAAUGAAGGGAAGGGGUGUGUCUUCACCUAUGAUGCUGUGGGAUCAUAUGAGAGGGUUGGCUACAGCUCUCAAGGUUCUGGUUCAACUCUGAUCAUGCCUUUCUUGGACAACCAACUGAAGUCUCCUAGCCCUCUGUUGCUUCCUGCUGUGGAUGCUGUUACUCCACUUUCUGAAUCAGAAGCCAUUGAUUUAGUUAAGACAUGCUUUGCUUCAGCAACAGAAAGGGAUAUAUACACUGGUGACAAACUGGAGAUAGUUGUGUUAAAUGCUGAUGGCAUUCGUAGAGAAGAAAUGGAACUGAGGAAAGACUGAUUUCUUGUGGUUCUUAUCCGAUUAUGAAUGAAUGUAAUGAGAUUAA